UUGAACCUGAAGAUGGUGGUCGGUGGAGGGGUUUUGGCCCUGGCUGUGCUUGAGAAAGAUGUCGUUUGGAGAAAAUUUGAUCCGGAAUACUCUGCCGUCAUGGGCGAGGCUGUGCGUGAAGACGAGCUACGGCCGGUCCCCAGAGAAAGAGCCGUGCUAGAGAGCUUCUUCACGCAGCUCGGGAUGUUCUGGUUUGACCGAGCUAAAGACUACGUGGAGAAGGAGAAGGAGCAGGGCAGCAGGAGCGCUGCGGCCAUCUGGAGCUCCCUGCUUGCUGCUCUGGCGCACCUGGCAGCCGCGGAGAAGGCCUACCACAACAUGACCUUCCUCGGGCAAAAACUAGGUGGCCAGUCGUUCUUCAGCAGGAAGGAUUCUAUAAGGACCAUUUACACGUCCCUGCAGAACGAGCUUAAGAAAGUGGUCUCCAUGGGACGCCCGGCCACAACUGCCUCCACACCGUACCUGGAGGAGCUGCUUUCACAUUUAUCUGAGCAGCUCUGCUACUUCACGCAGGCCAGGAUGGAGCUAGCUGACUUGUACGAAAAGAUGCACUGCCUCGCGAGCCAGAAAACGGUCAACUCCGAGGAGCUGGUGAGCACGCUGGAGAGCAUCCUGCACAAAUACAGCUCCAGAUUCCAUCAUCCCAUCCUGAGUCGUCUGGAGAGUGGCUUCCAGGUGGAGGUGGAUGUGUUGGCUCAGCUGCUUCGUUGCCAGGCUCAGAUCUCGGAGUGGCACUUCCUGCCCCCGCUGCUCAACCUGCACGGCGCUCAUGCCAAACUGCAGGCGUGGGCUCACGUGUUCGAGCGCCAACGUGAGACUCGCAAGCACCUGUUCGGCGGACAAUCCCAGAAGGCCGUGCAGCCGCCGCACUUGUACUCGUGGCUGCAGCGCCUUCAGGGGGCUCUUCUGGCCAAGUUCAGCUUUUAUUUCCACGAAGCGCUGAGUCGGCAAGCCCCGCCCUCGGAGAUGAAGGCGCUGACCGCUCGUACUUCGCCCGAUUACUUCGGGAAGAUCUCGGCCUUCGUCCGGAAGCACGACGCCACCAACGUUUCACUGGUGUUUGAUAACCGAGGCAUGGAGAGCUUCCAGGGCCACGGCUACCACCAUCCACACUCGUACAGAGAAGCUCCCAAAGGUGUGGACCAGUUCCCUGCCGUGGUGUCUGUCCCGGGAGGCGAGCGGCCGAUAAACCACUGGCCCAACGUCAUUAUGAUCAUGAGCGACCGCGCGGUCGAGCUUAACACACUCGACAAGGUUACAUACUUCUACGACGACAAGGUCCAGAGUACGUACUUUAUGACCAGACCAGAGCCCCACUUCACGCUCGUUGUCAUCUUCGACGGCAAGAAGGCAGAGAAGGACUCUCACAUUGUGGGUUUUCUGCAAGAGAUUUCAAGCUCACUGAGGAACUCCAAACCCUUCAGCACUCUCAAGCCAGGCUCCAAAGGCUGAACAUGGUCAUGUGACCUACUUCUCAUCCAGCAUUCAUUAACAUUAGUGUUAGAAAUGGAGCUUCUCGUCCAUCUCAUUAAAAUGCUUCUAUUUGAGUCUUAGAGCUGCUGAAACUUUUAAUAUAUAACCAUUAAUUUUAUUGCUGGAGAAACACCAAGAGGUCCAGCCAACUUUUUUUUUUUUGGGUUACUGUGAAAAAUCGGACCACAGAUUUUUUUUUUUUUCUUCUUCUUUUUUUUUUUGUAAAAAAACAUUUCCUUUUUAGUAUAAUGUAUUUCACUCUUGCUGCUAUGAAAAAAAAAAAAUACAACUUUCCUUAGUUUUAUUACGCGAUAAUCUUUUAAUAUCUGAUCAUUUGAUUUUAUAAUUUUUUUUACUGUAAUUAUUUGCCAAAAAUAAAAGUUCAGAUAUUAGUUAUUCAAUUUGCAACAUGUGUGAUUAAACAGAUUCAACGUGGGAGUUUAUGUACUGCAGGCGUGAUGUCUUUACUGUUUGCAUUAGAACAAGUUAACUGUUCACAUGUUUGAAAAAAUGAAAAUAUCUGCUUAGAAGAGAAAUGCUGUUUGGACCAAAAACAUUGAACCAAUCAGCACAAAGAAGUGUUUCUACUGCUCAGUUCAGAAUGCUGUUGAAAGCACAACUGUGGUGCGAAUAUGAAAAUGACAACGGGCCCAGCUUUAGCUUGUUUCUACCAAAUUACUGACUGCACCUUAAUCCGAAUUGUUCGGCUUUGUUUUAACGUGUUUGUGUUUUUUGUUUUUGUAACGGUUAUUCCUGAUUUCCUGGUGCCUUUAACUCAUUUUCAUGUGAAUUUAAUAAUGUAAACAUUUAACAGGAAUGCAAAAUGAAACUCCUGGACAUUUUUUCCUGGUUUUUGUCCUUUCUCUGAUUUCUGACUGAUCUGUGAAUAAACUGGAAUGUUAAACUA